UCAAAAAGCAAGCAUAUUUUACAUUUUAUAUAUUACUCGAUUUUUAAAAAUUUCACAUCAAAGUAAUGAAGCGCAAUUUUGAUUAUAAUAAUUUUUACGAAACAUCAUUUUAUAUCGAAUUAGGAGAAUUUGUAAAUCUUGUUCCUCGGCUUCAAGCUCGUCACAUAUUUUGUGAAUAAACAAAUGAUCGUAUAUUGAUACAUAUUGAAAUAUCUGAAAUAUUAAUAUUUGUAUUACAUAUAAGAAAUGUAUAGUUCGCGAUUGAAUCUAAGGAUAUUUAAUUAUUGAAUUAAUAUGUUUAUAAUAAGAAUCAAUUUUUACAAAAAUACUUUUCUUAUAAUAAUAGCAUGCAUGGUAUUCCAAGAUUUUCCAGCUAAACUUCCUUAAUAUAUUUUCUAAAUAGAAAUAAGAAUGUCAUUUGGAUCUAGGUUAUUUAAAGCUUUAUUAAAAAGUUAUAAGGAGAAAAGUUAUAACAAUGAAAAAAAAAUAAUUAUAUUCUUUCCCCAACUAAUAUGAUAAAAGAUAAAAAUAAGUUUACGAUCAUUGUAAUCGAUCACUAUCGUUAAUCCAUUUCAAAAUGUAUUGAUUGAGUGGGAUCAUGUGACGUCAUCGUUCGGAUAUGUUUCGUAAAAGAUCCGCGAUAUGGCGCUAGUGUCGAUCGUAUACAAAGAUGGCUGCUCCCACGAGGCAUCAUUUCAAACGUGCUCGUGCAUGCUGAUGUAUCUCGACCGGUGUAAAUAUUAAGGUUAGAAAAAUGGUACAAAGUAAAAUAUUUGUACGAAAUCGUGCGUUAGGUUACGUUAGUAAUCAUAUACCCGUAGUAAUUAGAUAUAUUCAAAGAAGAAAGGAAAAUCUUUUGGUUACUUGCGUUGGAAAAGAAUUUCAUACUUAUGGAUGUGCACACUUUACUCUUCUCAGUGUAUCUGGAACUCAUCCUGACAAUAUAUCUUGUUUAUCUGCGGAUACUUAUCACAUUUACACCGCUGCAGAAAAUAUUAUAUAUGCAUGGAGAAGAGGUACGGAAUUAAAACAUACUUACAAAGGACACGAAUGUUCUGUACAUAUUAUAUUACCCUUCGGACCACAUUUACUUUCUGUCGAUGAAAGUAGUACUGUUAAAGUUUGGGAUAUAAAAACAGAGGAAUUAAUUUUAGAAUUAAACUUUUCUAAUGAAAUCUUUCAAAUAACGACGUUGAUACAUCCCAUUACUUAUAUGAACAAAGUUUUGUUUGGUAGCCAACAGGGAUGUUUACAAUUGUGGAAUUUAAAAACGACAAAGAUGAUUUAUACUUUUAAGGGAUGGAAUACGACCAUCACAGCUUUAGAGCAAGCACCUGCAAUAGAUGUUGUAGCUAUAGGUCUAUCUGAUGGAAGGAUUAUGUUACAUAACCUUAAAUUUGAUGAAACUAUCUUUGAAUUGAUUCAAGAUUGGGGUGCCGUAAUAUCAAUUACAUUUCGUACCGAUGAAUAUCCUAUUAUGGCUACAGGAAGUAUAAGCGGACACAUUGUAUUUUGGAAUCUGGAGCAAAGAAAAGUUGAAAGCCAGUUAAACAAAGCUCACUUUGGUUCUGUAACCGGUUUAAAAUAUCUGCCAAACGAACCAUUAAUGGUUUCAUCCUCGCCUGAUAAUUCUUUAAAAUUAUGGAUUUUUGACUUGGCUGAUGGUGCUGGAAGAUUAUUGAAAAUAAGAGAGGGACAUUCUGAGCCACCAACGAUCAUUCGUUUUUAUGGCAACAAUAGUGAUAAUAUAUUAACUGCAGGAGGUGAUUCUUCUCUCAGAAUAUUUUCUACUAUUACUGAAACAUUUAAUAAAAGUCUAGGAAGAGCUUCUUUUAAUAGAAAAGCGUCAAAGAAAAAAGGUAGAUCUGUAGAAGAUCCAAUGAUAAUGCCGCCGAUAAUAAAUCUGGCUGCCGAAGAAACUAGAGAAAAGGAAUGGAGCAAUAUAGUAGCUUCUCAUGCGGGUUUAGGCACAGUUACUACAUGGUCUUAUAAUUUAUUAAAGAUGGAUGAUCAUAAAUUAUUACCAGAAAGAUUUAAACAAAAUCAUAAUGCUGCAGCAACUUGCUUAUGCCUUACCAAAUGUGGAAAUUUUGUUGUUAUUGGAUAUAAUACCGGUCAUGUAGAUCGAUUUAAUGUACAGUCAGGUAUUCAUAGAGCCAGUUAUGGCAAUAAGGGUGAAGCACAUAAAGGUUCAGUAAGAGGUGUAGUAGUAGAUGCUUUAAAUCAAACUGUUAUUACUGCUGGGAGGGAUUGCUUGAUAAAAUUUUGGGAUUUUAAACCUAAAGAUGAUACAGGCCCAAGGACUAUCAUAACUCUACCUGAAUCAAUAGAAUGGCUACGGUACCAUAAUGAAAGUACUUUCAUAGCAGUUGCAUUGGAAGAUUUCACAGUGAUUUUAAUUGAUCUAGAUACUAAAAAAGUAAUAAGACAUUUUCAUGGACAUAAAGGACCAUUGACGGAUGCAUCGUUUAGUCCUAACGCAAGAUGGUUAAUCACAUCUUCUAUGGAUUGUACAAUAAGGACUUGGGAUAUCUUAUCUUCUCAUUUAAUAGAUGUAUUUCAAGUUCCAGAUGCAUGUAUAUCUCUACAUUUCUCUUCUACCGGAGAAUUUCUUGCCACAGCCCACAUGUGUAAUUUGGGAAUAUAUUUGUGGUCAAAUCGUACAGUUUAUUCUCAUGUAUCUCUAAAAGCUAUAAAGGAAGAAGAUGUCAUACCUAUGAUUAAUCUUCCUAGUUCUAUAGUGGAAGUUAAUCAACAAGUUAAGGAAGACAUUAUUGAAGAUGAACCAGAAUAUAUUUCUCCGGAACAGCUUAGCAAAGAUUUAAUUACAAUAUCCGCGUUGGCACAAUCAAGAUGGCUAAACUUGCUUAACAUAGAUAUAGUUAAAAAAAGAAAUAAACCUAAGGAGCCACCUAAAGCUCCAGAAAAGGCACCAUUCUUUUUACCAACUAUUCCUUCAUUAGAUAUUAAAUUUGAUUUUUCAGAUGUAAAAGAUUCUAUAGAUACUCAAAGAUUACGAACUCAUAAAGAUUUUCAAAAUUUAACGAUAUUUGGCAAAUUAUUGCAUUCUACUACAUCAAGCGAAAAUUUCUUAGAAGUUAUAAAUAAAUUAAAAUCUAUGAGUCCAAGUUCCAUCGACUUCGAAAUUCAAUCUCUUUCCGCGGAAGAAAAUAGUGCAAAGUUAUUGUUACUUCAAUUUAUGAAAGUCUUGUGUUAUAUGAUGGAACGUAAAAUUGACUUCGAAUUGACGCAAGCCUAUCUAGCAGUAUUUUUAAAAUGGCAUGGUCAAACAAUAUCUGAAACUGAAGAGUUGAGGAAUAACUUAAAAGAAAUGGAAGAUUUACAAUUGAAAAACUGGAUCAUACUUAGAGAAAAAUUAUUCUAUAAUCUCAGUGUUGUACAGUCUCUUAAAAAAAUGUAAUAUAAAUAAAAUAUAAGAAAUUUGUAAUUUUUUUUUGUACAUAUCAUUUAAUUUUUUAUGUUAUUUCUUUAUUAAAUUGUUUGAUAAAAAUAAACAAAAAAAGUCCUUUGUUAAGUGCACAUAUAAUCAUCAUAAGUAAUCAUUGAAAAUGUAACACGAUGUAAAUACAUAUAU